CAGAUCGAGGGUUCCAGGGACUGCUGGGAGGAAGCUGGAGCGCUUUGAUCGUGGCGCCCGCCGGAUGAUGCUUGAUCGCACCGGGAUCGGCUUUCUCUGAAGCAGGCCUGCAGUCUUCGCCCUAAGGAGCUCGAUCGAUCGAUGCGCGCCAUGAGGAAUCUGGUGCUGCCCGCGCUCCUCCUCCUCUUCUCCACGCUCGCGAUCGUCCAGGCGGCCGUGUUUAGCGUGGAUCUUGGCGCGGAAUGGAUGAAGGUCGCGGUUGUGGACGUGAAGCCCGGGCAGAGCCCGAUCGGUGUAGCGCUCAAUGAGAUGUCCAAGAGGAAAUCCUCGUCCGUGGUGGCAUUCUCUGGCGGGAACCGGCUCCUGGCCGAGGAGGCCAUGGGCAUCGCGGCCAGGUUUCCGGAGAGAGUUUAUUCCAGGGUCAGGGACAUGGUUGGGAAGCCCAGCGAAUCAGUCAAGAGAAUCGCGAGCGCCAGCUAUCUUCCCUACGAUUUUGUAGAAGAGAGUCCCCAGGUAACAAGCAUUCGUGUAGAUAGCCAGGAACUAUAUAGAUCAGAGGAGCUUCUGGGGAUGAUACUUGGCUACUGCCGUGGAUUGGCCGAGGCUAACGUCAAGGCUACCGUGAAGGACGCGGUCAUCACUGUGCCACCUUACUUUGGUCAGUCCGAGAGACAAGCAGUGAUAGCAGCAGCCCAGGCUGCUGGGAUCAACGUCUUGUCUCUCAUGAACGAGCACGCUGCAGCGGCCCUCCAGUAUGGUAUUGACAAGGAUUUCUCGACCGAGCCCAGAUACGUUCUCUUCUACGACAUGGGAGCCAACAGUGCUUUCGCUGCGGUGGUUCUCUUCUCCUCGUACUCUGCGAAGGAGUAUGGGAAGAAUGUAUCACACAACUACUUCGAGCUCAAAGGCAUCAGGUGGGACGCGGAGAUUGGCGGCCAGAACUUGGAACUGCGGCUGGUGGAGCACUUUGCGAAGGAGUUUGAGAAGAAGACGGGCGUGGACGUGAGGGCGUUUCCCAAGGCCGUGGCCAAGUUGAAGAAGCAGGCCAAGCGGGCAAAGGAGAUUCUGAGUGCCAACACUGAAGCGAGCUUCUUCGUGGACUCCCUCUACGACGAUCAAGACUUUAAGAGCCACAUCACGAGGCAGGCAUUUGAGGAGCUGUGUAGUGAUCUGUGGGAGCGGGCUGUCAUACCGUUGCAGAAGGUUUUAGAGGACGUUGGAAUGACUUCCGAGCAACUCUACGCUGUGGAGCUUCUAGGUGGUGGGACUCGCGUGCCGAAGCUGCAACAGGUCCUCGCUCAGGCUCUGGGAAAGAAGCCUCUCGAGAGACAUCUCGAUGCGGACGAAGCUAUCACCUUGGGGGCCGCGUUGUAUGCGGCGAACAUCAGCGACGGAAUCAAGCUAAACAGGAAGAUAGGGAUGUUUGAUGGAGCUUCCUAUGGUGUCGUCCUGAAAGUGAACGAUGACGGGCCAUAUGAGCUGGUGGUUCCAAGGCUGAGGCGGAUUCCAGUCAAGUUGGCGAGAGCUGUGAAGCAGCAGGAGGACUAUGAGCUUUCCCUGCACUACGAUCCAGAGGGAGAGCUGCCGCUGGGCAUCAUUGAUCGGGAAAUAGCGGCGUUCAAGAUCUCCGGUGUGACGGACUCGGUCGCGAAGUACUCGUCUUACAACCUCUCGGCUCCCAUCAAGAGUGUGCUCCACUUCGCAUUGUCUCGAAGCGGGGUGCUUUCCUUGGAUCGCGCCGAGACCGUCGUGGAAUUUACCGAGUUGGUCGAGGUGCCUGUCAACGUCAGUACCAACGCUACUACCACUCUGGAGAGCACCUCCAAUGCGUCUGUCGCGGAGAACGUGACUCAGGCUCCCGUCGAAACAAUCAUGGAGAAGAAGCUGAAGAAGAAGACGAUCCGGAUUCCUUCGAAACUCGAGGUUCUCCGGGACACUGGUGCUUACUCGGAGGAUCAAGUGGCGCAGUUCCGUAGCAGGCUCGACAGGCUCAAGGAGCUCGACGACGAGAAGCGGCAGACUGAAGAGGCAAAGAACAACCUCGAGUCGUACAUCUACACGACCAAGGAGAUGCUUGACACAAUCAAGGAUCUGUCCAAGGUAUCCACUGAGAAGCAGCGGCAGGAGUUCCUGGCGAGGCUGGACGAGGCUGGCGAGUGGCUCUACUCGGAUGGGGAGGCCGCGACGGCGUCGGAGUUUAAGAAGCGGCUGGGAGAGCUCAAGGCGAUUGGCGAUCCCAUCUUCUUCAGGCUAGAGCAGCUCACGGCGAGGCCAGCGGCGAUGGAAGCCGCGCGGGGUUCGUUGGUGGAGUCCGAAGCGGCCAUCCACGAGUGGAAGGAGAAGAAGCCGUGGAUCUCCGACGCGGAGGUGCGAAAAGAGGGCCAGAAGCUGGUGGACUGGAUCGAGGCCAAGGAGUCCGAGCAGGCGAAGGUGGCGGAUCACGAGCAGCCGGCAUUCUCGUCGACCGAGGUGUACGCCAGGAUCGAGAAGUUUAGAGUGCUGGUUGCCAGGACUGGCGCGCAGAAGGCACCAAAGCCACCAAAGAUCGAGGAGGUGGUGAAGAACGAUGCUGGAUCCGAGGAGCCGAAGGUUGGAGAGGAAAAUCCAGGAGCGAGCAGCGGUGGUGGUGACAGUAACUCGGGAUCGACACAAGAGGGGGAGAGGGAGAUCGAGAGCCCGGAUCAAGCGCAAGCGUUUGAGGAUGAAUCUUCGACUACUCCACUCCGGGACGAGCUCUAGCUAGCCACAUUGUUUUCAUUUUGUUUGUCCUACAGUAAGAAGUGAUAUACAGAUAUUUUCUAUAAAGUA